UUGAGAAAGCCAAUUGCCGGUAAUACUUUUAAUUUAACUUUUGGAAGACUCAUUUGUACUUCAAAGGCUAACUUCUGGAACCGCAAUCCUGGUUCCAGGUAUCCCAGCAAGGCCAAUCACGGUGCUAGGCCUGACUGUAGAUCCCUACGUAAAAUACGUAAACGGCUCAAAACUGGCAAGUAA